CAUUUUACAACCACCAGCCAUGAGACUGCUUGUGCUUGCUCUCACUGUGGCCCUUGCAGCCGGUUUCCAGGUGAGCCUUGUUCCAGAGACCGGUAAGACCUACAGGUAUAAAUAUGAAGCAUUACUCUUGGGCGGACUGCCUGAGGAGGGUCUCGCACGUGCCGGAGUGAAAAUCCUUAGCAAAGUCUUGAUCAGUGCAGAUUCUGGUGACAUCUUGGUGCUAAAGCUUGAGGACCCUGAAAUCCUUGAGUACAGCGGCAUCUGGCCUAAAGAUGCUUUCAUCCCAGCCACCAACCUCACCUCUGCCCUGGCUGCUCAGCUCUUGACCCCAAUCAAGUUUGAGUAUGCCAAUGGUGUUGUGGGCAAAGUGUUUGCACCUGCUGGCAUGUCUGCAACUGUGCUGAAUAUCUACAGGGGAAUCCUCAACAUCUUCCAGCUGAACAUCAAGAAGACUCAGAACGUCUAUGAGCUGCAAGAGGCUGGAGUUCAGGGUGUGUGCAAGACCCACUAUGUCAUCAGUGAGGAUGCAAAGGCUGACCACAUCCUGCUGACUAAGACCAAGGACCUGAGCCAAUGCCAGGAGAGAAUUGUUAAGGACAUCGGUCUGGCUUACACAGAGACAUGCGUGGAGUGUGAGGCUGGAGGAAAGUCUCUGAAGGGAACUGCUGCUUUCAGCUAUGUCAUAAAGUCAUUAGCUACACAUAACCAGAUUUUGGAGGCAACUGCCAUAGAGCUCAUCCAGUUCUCACCUUUAAACAUCUUGAAUGGCGCUGCCCAGAUGGAGGCCAAACAGAACCUGAUCUACCUGGGGAGUGAGAAUAUUCUAAUGGAGCCCAUCAAGGCUGAAUGUCUGCCCAGUGGAUCCCUGCAGUACGAGUUUGGCAGCGAGCUUCUUCAGAUUCCCAUCCAGCUUCUGAAGAUCUCUAAUGUUGAGGCUCAGAUUGCUGAGACUCUCAACCACUUGGUGGCCAACAAUGUUGCCAAGGUCCAUGAAGAUGCUCCUCUGAAGUUCAUUGAGCUCAUCCAGCUGCUGCGUAUGACCACAUAUAAGGACAUUGAGUGCCUCUGGAAUGACUUCAAAACAAAACCAGAUCACAGGCACUGGAUCCUGAAUGCUGUCCCUGCAAUUGGUUCUCAUGUAGCUCUGAUGUUUUUCAAAGAAAAGCUCUUGGCUAAUGAGCUGACAUUUGUUGAAGCUGUUCAAGUUCUGCUGUCAUCUGUGCACAUGGUGACAGCCGACAUGGACGCCAUCAAGAUAGUUCAGGAACUGACCGUGUUGGACAAGAUCUUGGAAAACGCAGUCCUGCGGGAGAUUGCCCUGCUAGGCUACGGCACCCUGGUUUCUAAAUACUGUACAGAGGAUCCAACUUGCUCAGAUAAACUUGUUAAGCCCUUCCAUGAACUUGCUGCCGAGCUUGUUCCCAAAAAUAAAACUGAGAAGCUUAUUCUUGUUCUCAAAGUUCUUGGUAAUGCUGGACACACUGCCAGCCUCAAGCCAAUCAUGAAGCUCCUGCCCGGCUUUGGCAGUGCUGCUGCUAGUCUGCCACAUAGGGUUCACAUUGAGGCACUUCUGGCCCUGAGGAACAUCGCUAAGAGGGACCCCAAGAUGAUCCAGGAUGUGGCUAUUCAGCUGUUUAUGGACAAGGACCUCCAUGCAGAGCUGCAUAUAACUGCUGCUAUUGUGCUGUUUGAGACCAAGCUGCCAAUGGGUUUGGUGACUAUUCUGGCUAAUGCCCUUUUGAAGGAAAAAAAUCUGCAGGUUGCCAGCUUUGUCUACUCAUACAUGAAGGCCAUGACCAAGAACACUGCCCCUGACUUAGCCUCUGUUGCUGCAUCUUGUAAUGUUGCUGUGAAGAUCCUAAGCCCCAAAUUGGAAAGACUGGGCUACCGCUUCAGCAAAGCGCACUAUAUUGAUGCAUACACCAGUCCCUGGAUGAUGGGUGCUGCUGCAAGCGCCUUCUACGUUAAUGAUGUUGCGACCGUUUUGCCAAGGGCCGUUUUGGCCAAAGCUCGCACCUACCUCGCAGGAGCUUAUGCUGAUGUACUUGAGCUUGGUGUGAGAACUGAGGGAAUCCAGGAGGCCCUUUUGAAACACAAGGCUCCUGAAAAUGCUGACAGGAUCACCAAGAUGAAAGACGUUAUGAAGGCUCUUUCUGAAUGGAGAGCUUAUCCUUCAUGCAAGCCCCUGGCCUCUGUGUAUUUGAAAUUCUUCGGACAGGAAAUUGCAUUUGUCAACAUCGACAAAGUCCUUGUUGAAUGGAUCACUGAGCGUGUCAGUCUACCAACUAUUCAAACAUAUGGAAGGAAAGCUUUGGAUCGUCUCUUGUCUGGUUUCGCAUCGCAUUAUGCUAAACCAAUGCUGGUUGCUGAGGUUCGCCGUAUUCUUCCCACCAUUGUUGGUCUGCCCAUGGAGCUAAGUUUAUACACUGCUGGAGUGGCUGCUGCAUCUGUAGACAUCCAAGUAGAGGUAACACCACCUCUGCCUGAGAAUGUCCAUGCUGCACAGCUUCUGAAGUCUGAUAUCAGCAUGAGUGCUACCAUUUCCCCAAGUGUUUCCCUGCAUACAUAUGCAGUUAUGGGAGUAAACACUGCCUUGAUCCAGGCCGCUUUGCUGUCAAGAGCCAAAGUCUACGCAAUCAUUCCUGCAAAGAUUGAAGCAAGAAUUGACAUAAUUAAGGGCAACUUCAAGCUUCAGCUCCUGCCUGUUCAAGACGUCAAUAAAGUUGGAUCUGUACUUGUUGAGACUUUUGCAGUAGCAAGAAAUGUGGAAGACCUUGCAGCUGCCAAAUUCACACCCAUGAUUCCUGCUGAAGUUCCAGCACAGCUGGCUGGUAGCAUGUCAGAAUCUUUUGAAAUCAUUCCUACUGUCCUGCCAAGGAACUCUACGAGCCAAACUGAAAAGGCUUUCACGAAGAAAAUGUGUGCUGUAAUUGAAACUUUUGGAAUCAAGGCAUGCACUGAGAUUGAAUCUCACAAUGCCGCCUUUAUCAGUCACUGCCCACUCUACGCCAUGAUCGGAAAACAUUCUGUCGUUGUUGAGGUUUCUCAAGCUGCCGGGCCAGUCAUUGAGAAGAUUGAAAUUGAUAUUCAGGUUGGAGAUGAAGCAGCAGAAAAGAUCAUCAAAGUUAUCAAUCUGAGCGAGGAAGAGGAGAUUCUGGAGGACAAGAAUGUCCUGAUGAAACUCAAGAAAAUCCUGGUUCCUGGUCUGAAGAACACCACUGCCAGUUCUUCCUGCUCCAGCAGUUCUUGGUCUGGCAACUCUCUUUCAAAUAGCUCCUGUUCAUCAUCCAAGUCCUCCACCAGCUCCCUGUCCAAACAUGCUUUCUCCACAGCCCGUGCUAACAGAGAGAGCAGUGCCCACAGUUUUGAAGCCAUCUACAAAAAGGCCAAGUACCUCGCAAAGGAAGUCUCUCCCAAUGUGACCAUUCUUGUCCGUGCUGUGAGAGCUGACAAAAAGCCUCAGGGAUACCAGCUUACAGCCUACUUUGACAGCGCUAAUGACAGACUUCAGAUCAUUCUUGCCAACCUGGCCGAGAACAACCACUAUAGGAUCUGUGCUGAUGCCGUGAAGCUGAGAAAAAAGCUAAUGGUUAAAAUUGACUGGGGCAUUGAGUGCAAACAAUACAAGAUCAUAGCUGAGACUAGUGUUGUAGAUGAAGAGCAUGCCUUCAUCGCUAAGCUGACCUGGGAGAAACUUCCCAAGAGCAUGAAAUGCUACACCAAGGAGCUUUCUAAGUACACCUUCCGCAUCGCUAAGGCGAUCGGAGUAAACCUGGAAAAGGUCAAGAACAUUUGUAACCAGAUCCAACUGAGUGUUACUGCUGCUUCUGAUACAAGUGUGGAUGUGGUGCUGAAGACACCAACGAGAACCAUGUAUAAACUGGCCAUAGCUCUCCCCAUUUCUCUGCCAUUUGGAGACACUGCUGCUGAGCUGGAAUCUUACCAGAGUAACUGGGCUGACAAGAUUUCUUACAUGGUCACCAAGGCUCAUUCAGUUGGGUGUACCAUGGUCGAUGACACACUGGUCACAUUCAACAACAUGAAAUACAAGAAUGAGAUGCCCCAGUCCUGCUACCAGGUUUUGGCACAAGAUUGCACCGGUGAACUUAAAUUCAUUGUUCUGCUGAAGAGGGACCAUAUACAUGAACAGAACCAGAUCAAUGUGAAGAUUGCAAACAUUGAUGUGGAAAUGUAUCUGAGGGACAGUGUUGUCAUGUUGAAGAUCAAUGGAGUAGAAAUUCCCACCCACAACAUGCCAUAUCAGCAUCCCGAAGGCAAAAUUCAAAUCAUACAGAAAGAUCAGGGAAUCGCACUCCAUGCUUCGAGCCAUGGUCUUCAGGAGGUCUAUUUUGAUCCGAGCACAUGGAAGGUUAAAGUUGUAGACUGGAUGAGAGGACAGACCUGUGGACUCUGUGGAAGGGCUGACGGUGAAAUCAGACAGGAGUACCGCAUACCAAACCAACGCCUGACAAAGAAUGCUAUCAGCUACGCAAAUUCCUGGGCUAUGUCUGGAAAGAGCUGCAGGGAUCGCUCUGAGUGUUACAUGAAACUUGAGUCUGUGAAAUUGGAGAAGCAGGUCGUCCUGUAUGGGGAGGAGUCCAAAUGCUACUCUGUUGAGCCUGUACUGCGCUGCCUGCCCGGCUGCAUGCCUAUCAGGACCACCACGGUCACUAUUGGAUACCACUGCCUGCCUAUUGAUACAACCCUGAACCGAUCUGAAGGUAUGAGCAGCAUCUUUGAGAAGAGCAUUGACCUAAGAGAAACCGCAGAAGCCCACCUAGCCUGUCGCUGCACUGCUCAAUGUGUUUGAUUUCAUUUCCUGCUGUCCCUCCAUGUUGUAUUCUUUGUUUUAUGCUAAGAUUGUUAUCAACUUGAACUGUAGAUUGAAAUAAAUU